AUGCUGGAAAAACACUUAUCUGCUUGUGACGUAUCAAAUGUUUAUCUGCUUGCAGUGGUGGAAAGAAAUGAAGAAUAUCUAUCAUCCCCUCAGAUGAGGAUGGCCGGUAGACCACAGCUACAGAACCGCUCACUGGUGCAACAGACCAUGCCGCAGGUCCCAAUGCAACUUCUGCGCUUGCUUAGACCGUACAUGCAGCCAAAUCAGCAACCAACUGACUUCAAAAGGCUCCACAAUGUCCCACAAACAAAAGUCACCAGAGGACCUAUUAAACCACCAAAUUGUGCUGCGCAAACCUCACCUCCUUUGAAAUCCCCAUCUAGCCCACCUCUACCCCUCCCCAUAAAACCAAACACAGAACCAUUAUCAUGUCCCUCACCGACCCCAAUUACUCCAAACUCCAUUGAUUCGCCCCUAGCCAAAAAUGACUUCCAGUCUCCGCCAUCUCCAGCCAUCACUCGCAUCUCCUCAACAAGCUCCAGGAAGCGUCCUUCACUGACACGCUCAAAAUCGGACGUCAGCGACUGCUUUUCACGAGCAGGAGCAGAGCUUGAGCGCUUCUUUAAUUAUUGUGGCCUUGACCCAUCGGAUUUAGAGGAGUUAGCAAGACCGGGUUCUGACAUUGUGUCCGUUUCACGUCUACGUAGCGCCAGUGCCCCAGCAUCCGAACGUUCGGCUGAGGGUGAAGAUGAGGAAGAAGCAGCAGCAAAAGAUGAACGUCCUGUUUAUGGUGUUUCCGUCAUUGAGAGAAAUGCUCGAGUGAUCAAGUGGCUUUAUGGGAUGCGCCAGGCCAAAGAGAGUCCCAAAGUAGCCGAUAUGUAACAGACAACAAGGGACUAACAAACAACCACUAUCCAGACUGAAAUGUAAUACAAUAUGUUGUACAAAAUGCUUACUUUUCCCCUUUAUUUUGUCGCUUAUCUGUAUACAUUAGAGUUGUCUAGUUGAAUCUGCUGUGCAUGUGUCAUAUAUGAUAGCUUACGCAUAGUUGUCAAUUCCCUUACCGUAAACAUCCAUGUUCUCAAAACAAUAACUACACAUGCAUGGUUGCAUUGUUAUGGUGACCACCAUUGCAUUGUUGUAUUUUUCAGCAAUGACAUGCUGUACUUGACAGGCCAAAUCAAACAAUGGCAGGAGUUUUGGUGGAGAUAUGCAAAAUUGAUGAAUGCAAAGUUAUUUGUGUCAUCCAAAAAAUAAUUUGUUUUACUGUGGACCUUAUUGCAGCUAAGCUUUAUUGCUUGUUUUAAUAUCUUGUAUCUUGUGUCAUGUGAUGACAAAUAAUAUGUGAAUAUUUCUAUUGUUUGUCAAAAUCUUAAAACUAAUUGGUUGACUCAGUUGCCUCAGAUCUUUAUUAUGAGUAUUAUGAGACAGAAGGGGGUACAACUUUGAUGUUUUGGUAACAUUUGGUACACUGAAUGCAAUGGUACACAACAUAUUUUGUGUAUGAUUUGAGCAGAAGUGAGCAGAUUUGAUCUGUUAAGAUGUUUGUCAACAAAUGGCAGUCCAAAAACCAGUGUUGUGUUGUACUGACAAAUAGACCGUUUUAGAAAACUGAUCUUAAAGAAUGGGAAUAAAAAUGAAUUUACCC